AUGGCGUCUCAACUUAAGGGGUAUGGUGUUACGGUUAACUUCGGCCUCGUGCUUGAUACCUUUAACAUGGAUGAUCUAGAUAAUAUGAUCCGGAAGUGGGAACGCUCUUUCGGAAGCCAUAAAAUCAUUCGAGAAGUUGCGCCUUUCUUUAUAGAAUCUCAUUGGGAAGAGGGCGUCAUUCCUUGUGCAAAACAUUUCCCUGAUUGUGGAACGAUUGUUGAUUCUACGGAUUCUCAUGAAAAAGCGACACGGUCUAUUCUUAUAGAGGAGUUUAAGGAGACCUAUAAGCACGUUGUUGCUAACGUAGAUGUUCCGAUGGUCAUGACAACCCAUAAUAUUGUUAUUGGGGAUGAAAGCGAAUUACCUGCAACGUUUUCUCCGUAUGUUCUCUCCAUCUUAAGAAAUGAGAUCGGGUUUGGAGAAUGUAUUAUUACAGAUGAUUUAACAAUGGGAUCGAUUCGGGGCGAGACAUUAAAAGCAACCAUCGACCAAGGGACAGAGGAGGUUUUCUUGGGGCACAAUGGGUAUUCUAUGCGGGAUAUUUUGACACGUUCUUUGAAUGCAGGGCACGAUUUACUUCUCUUUAAAAAUUUGUCUCAGUUUAAAGGUGACAAUGGAGGAUUCCGGGAUUUUACACCAGAAGAGGUGGUCAACAUUAUCUAUGAGCAAGUCGAAACAGGGGAAAUUGACAGACAACGAAUUUUGGAAAGCUACGAAAGGGUAGAAGCGCUAAAAGGACGGAUCAACUAG